UGCAGUUGUUGAAAGCUGAAACUCCACCAAGGCCUGCAAUUGGCAAAAAAUUGGCAGUAGUAGAAGAUAAGAUAUUUAGUAAAUGAAACGACGUCGGAAGUGGAUCCGAUCCGAUGAUUGAGAUCUAACGUGUGUGGUGACUCACUCGUAAUGGCGUGUCCCGAGUUGACUCACUGCUCACGCUCUGGCCUCUCUGUUCCUCUCUCGCAGCUAUUUUCCCUUUCCUCUGCCCCUUUUCGUCUUUUCCACACAUCUUCUUCUUCUCCGCAAUCUGACGCUCCACCUCCCUCCACGUCAUCAUCGUCUUCUUCAAUCCUCCUCGACCUGCUCUUCUCCUUAACCACAGUUAUAUAUAUAACCGCCUUCUGCCUAGGGUUUCCAUUGCUUUUUUCUUUUUCCUUUUUUUAUGUUUUCGCGACUUCUGUUCCGUUCCGGGUCGGGGUUUCUUAAUUUGCGCUAUGCUUCUUUGGUUGUUCAAUCUAAUCACGAAUGAGGGUCUAGGUCGACUUGGUUGUGUUCCGGUUCGGAGUUGUUGAAAUUUGAUAGUCGGAGGAGUGAAUUCGUUUUUGUUCUUUGUUAUCUUGGGAUUGAUUCGGUUUCUAUGUUCCAUGGCUAUUGAGAAGAACAAUUUUAAGGUCUCGAGGUUUGACUAUGAGUUGUCACCCGGUAGUAAGAAGAGCAUAUCCAGUGAUGAGGAUGAGCUUCAAAGGCGUACCUCCGCGGUAGAAUCUGAUGAUGAUGAUGAUGAGUUUGAUGAUGCAGAUUCUGGGGCGGGGUCUGAUGAUUUUGAUUUGCUGGAAUUGGGAGAAACUGGGGUGGAAUUUUGCCACCUUGGGAAUCAGACUUGUAGCAUUCCUCUCGAGCUGUAUGAUCUUCCGGGUUUGGAAGAUAUAUUGUCAGUUGAUGUAUGGAAUGAGUGUCUCAGUGAUGAGGAGCGAUUUAGCCUCUCUAAGUUUCUCCCAGACAUGGACCAAGAGACAUUUAUGCUCACGCUAAAAGAGCUUUUUACGGGUAGUAACUUCCAUUUUGGAAGCCCAGUAAAGAACUUAUUUAGCAUUUUGCAGGGGGGCUUAUGUGAGCCCAGAGUUGCCCUUUACCGAGAUGGUCUGAAAUUUUUUCAGAGGCGGCAACACUAUCAUCUUCUGAGGAAGCAUCAAAACAAUAUGGUUAGCAGCCUUUGUCAGAUGAGAGAUGCUUGGCUUAACUGUAGAGGAUACAGCAUGGAAGAGAGGCUCCGUGUCUUGAGUCUUACGAGAAGUCAAAAAAGUUUCAAGGAUGAGAGGACUGAAGGUUUAGAAACUGACUCGUCAGAAAGAGUAUCAGGUGAAGGAUUUCAUAGAAGGUUCAAGGACAAGAAAAUGACUCCUAAAAUACGCAACUUUUCUUCAUAUAAUGCAAGUUCUAAUUUAGAUUUUCCAUCAGGGGGUCAGUUGACUAAUUUUGAGCCAACAGAAUAUGGAAAGCAGAAUUCCAAGGGUACAUUUAAGUUGGCUGGAUCCAAGUUUCCUUCUGGAAUGGAACCCAUUCUCGGCCUUCCUUCAGCUUAUCAUGAUUUGGAUAUGAACUCAAGGCCAUAUGGUUCUGUAGGUGAUUACCCUCAACUGAGAAAGGUAGCUGGAUACGAUUCUGGCCCAAUGCUUAGAAUAAGGGAUGAGACAAGGAUCGGUGAUGUUACUGAAGAAACAACCUACAGAAAGGGUACCCUACGGGAUCGAAAGGCCCUACUCAGUGGUGGGAUGGAGAAGGGGUUUCUAGAAGCUGGAAAGAGAUAUGAGGCUUUGAGGGGUAACAUUUUUGACGAUUUCAUUGGCCUUCCUUUGUCAUCGAAAGGUGAUUUAUAUGGAAAGAACAAGAAUUUAAAUUUGUUUCCAAAGAGGGGUGUUGUGGCUGAAAAGCCAGUCAAUACGAGGACAUCCUACAAUCCGUCCAAAAAAACCAAGUUGCCUGAAAAUGCUCAUUCAAUUGGGGAUCAGACUAAGUCUACAAAGGGCAGCAUUUCUCAGAUCCCACGUAAAGGUACUAAAGUUGACUCUGAAGAUUUUGCUGGUUCCCUCCGACUUAACAAGACUCAAGGGAAGUCUUUUGUGAUGGACCCAUUGCUUAAAACUGCUGACUGGAACGUUAGGGGCAAGAAGUGGAAGACUGGUGUGGAACCUACUGAUCUUGGUUACAAAGCAUAUAGAUCUCCCUCACCUCAGGUAAAUGAGGGACCUCUACUUUCUGAAUUAAGAGCUAAACCGUCACAAAAGAAAAAUAAAGGAAGAUUUGUUCAGAAAGGGGGACCAGACCCUGCUUCCUCCAAAGGAAACAAAAAGUAUGUUAGAGGUGAAGAAACAGAAUCGGACUCAUCAGAGCAGUUUGAAGAUGAUGAGGAUAGCAAUCCUUUAUUGAGGAGCAAGUUGGCCUAUCCUAGUGUAAUGGAAAUUUCACAGUCUUCGUUGUUGAAUUCUGGCCUAGACGCUAAAAAGGUCAAGUAUGUCAAAAAAGAUAUUAAGGAGCACAUGGGUAGUCUUGAUUCGAUAUCAUACUCCAAAAAGAAGGGCAAUAAAUCUCCUCAACAUGGAUAUGCAUUUACUGGAGUUAAUACUAUGAAAACGAAGCAGGGGAAGAUUCAAGACUCUGGUUCUUUCCAAGACCUAUCCUCCAAAGUGUCAGGAAAGAGCUACCUCCCAGUUUUGGAUAAAUUCAGUGAUGAUGAUGAUGACGACGACGAUGAAGGAAAGAAAAAUUUCAAAAUGUUCAAUAAUGGCCAGUUGCAAUCAGAAUCUGGCAAAAGGUUAUGUAAAUCAUCAUCUAAGGCCUUCAUUACCGAGGGAAAGCAGAAAGGCAAGGGUAACCUUGAUCUUUCAGUAACGCAGUCAAGAAAUCUGCAUGAUUAUGCUGUUGACGAGGAAGAUGAUUCCCAUGAGAUGAGGUUAUUUGAAGAUGAUUAUGGGGCUGAUAGACUCGCACAGGCAGCAGGGCUGCAAAGUGAAUCAUUUAUGGGCAUGUCCUGUGAAAGAUCUGAUGGUCCCUUACUAGUAUGUAACUCAGUAAAGAAGAAAAGGAAAGUGAAAGGGGACGUGACAGAAAUGGAUAGGAAGGAUGAAGGUGAAUUGCAGAACGACACCCUUCAACAAAUUAAAGAUUCUACUUCAUCGAAGAAAAAAACAAAGAAAAGACAGAAGGCUGACAGUUGUAGUUCUGAUGUGGGCACAUCUGAGCCACCUGCUACAGAAAUGGGGACAGUGGAUAUGGAGCUGGAAACCAAGCCUCAGAAAAAUUCAUUCCCGUUGAUUACACCUACAGUUCACACUGGAUUUUCAUUCUCGAUCAUACAUCUUCUUUCUGCAGUUCGCCUGGCCAUGAUCACUCCUCUUCCAGAAGAUAUGCUAGAACCCAUAAAGGAGAAGAAGAAAAGGCAUGAGGGAGACAUUGCAGUAGAUCUUUCUCAUGAUAAUAAGGUGGAUGUGAAUAACUUAGAACAGGCUGAGGAAGUAAAUGUUCCUUCACUAACAGUUCAAGAAAUAGUUGAUCGUGUGAAAUCUAACCCUGGGGAUUCUAGUAUUCUUGAGACACAAGAACCACUUCAAGAUUUGGUGAGAGGGGUCCUGAAGAUAUUUUCGUCUAAAACAGCUCCUUUAGGAGCAAAGGGCUGGAAGAUGCUAGCAGUUUAUGAAAAAUCAACAAAAACAUGGUCCUGGAUUGGGCCAGUUUCUCGAAGUUCAUCAGAUUAUGAGGCCAUUGAAGAGGUGACGUCACCUGAAGCUUGGGGUCUUCCCCAUAAGAUGCUUGUUAAGUUGGUCGACUCCUUUGCUAAUUGGCUUAAAAGUGGUCAAGAAACUCUUCAACAAAUAGGAAGUCUUCCUGCACCACCUGCGUCUUUAAUGCAGUUCAAUGUUGAUGAGAAAGAAAGGUUUAGGGACUUGAGAGCUCAGAAGAGUCUUAAUACUAUUAGCUCUAGUACUGAUGAGGUGAGGGCCUACUUUCGUCGGGAAGAAGUUCUUAGGUACUCGAUUCCUGAUCGUGCUUUCUCUUACACAGCAGCUGAUGGUAAAAAAUCCAUUGUUGCUCCCUUAAGAAGGUGUGGUGGCAAGCCUACUUCAAAGGCACGGGAGCAUUUCAUGCUGAAGAAAGAUCGCCCGCCACAUGUCACAAUUCUCUGUCUUGUGAGAGAUGCUGCUGCACGAUUGCCAGGAAGUAUUGGCACCAGGGCAGAUGUGUGUACGUUGAUAAGAGAUUCACAAUAUGUUGUGGAAGAUGUCUCUGAUGCACAGGUAAAUCAAGUUGUUAGUGGUGCAUUGGACCGAUUGCAUUAUGAACGAGAUCCUUGUGUGCAAUUCGAUGGUGAAAGAAAACUGUGGGUUUAUUUGCAUAGAGAACGAGAAGAAGAAGAUUUUGAGGAUGAUGGUACUUCUUCUACCAAGAAGUGGAAGCGGCCUAAAAAGGAUGUCAUUGAGCAAUCAUCUGACCAUGGACUGGUGACAGUAGCUUACCAUGCAUCUGGAGAACAUACUGGAUAUGACAUUGGCUCUGAUCUCAACACAGAGCCUCCAUGUAUUGAUGAUGUUAAAGGAAUGGAACAAAUUUAUGGUGAUGCGAGGCAAAAUCUGGAGCACAGCGUAGACACCAAUCAUGGGUCCGAUCAUGAUGAUAUGUGUCAAGGUCAAAAGAUUAUGAAGGCUUCUAAACCUAUAGAAGAGACGAAGUUGAUAUGUCAAGAAAAUUCAACUAAUGAAGAUUUUGAUGAUGAAGCAUUUGGGAGAGAAAGGCCGGUUGGAUUGCUAAGUGCAGGCAUAUCAUAAUGAGCAACACAGAGUUAAUUUGUGUUCUCUUGGCUGAGACUUAUGACAAAUUGAAGUUGCACUAUUUUUGCAUUUACAAGUGUAUAUUGAUUUGCCUUGGUGCACGAUAGAUAGAUAGAGAUAGACAUGCAUCUAAGCUUAAGGACCUUGACAAUGUCUAAUAGCACAGGUAGAUAUUUUGUUUACAUGUAGAUUAGUUACAAAAAAAUAUUCUCUCUCUCUCUCUGAAGUGUAAAUGAGAAAACAGGCCAAUUUCACAAAUUUGGUUGGUCUUCUACAUAUUUAUUAAUUAGAAGUAGAAAAGGAAUUCUUUUGCUCCCCUA